UCUCGUAAUCAUUUGAUGAUAAGCGACCGGCGACACUUUGCAGCCUACACGUCCUUCCGUGUGCCACUCGUAUGUGAACUGGGCGAUUGCAACGGUUAGUUUUUAUUUUACUUUUUCCCGUUCGGUAUAUCUACGAUUUAUGCCUAAACCGGAUCCCUGCAAGAAGUUGGCUUGCGCUAUUCAAAAAUGUCUAUCUGAGAAUGAUUUUCAAGAGUCUCGUUGUACCAAACAAAUAGACAAUCUACUAGAGUGUUGUAAAAAAUAUCAUACAGUUUCACUAGUGUGUUCUGGUAUGAAACCUAAAGCAAUAACUGAGCCGAACCAAAAGAAGGAUUAAUAUGUCAGCAGAACAGCAAAAUCAACGACAUAAUUAUCAACACUUUUCUGAUAGAAAAAAAUUAAAAGACUUGCCGUUUUACAGACGAUACCCUAGAACAUUUGCAAUUACUGGAAGUACAAUUGGUUUUUU